ACCAGGCAGCGCUCUCCCUCAGUACGGACCGGGUAGACAGAGGAGGAGGAGGCUGCUGCAUGCUGCCACCGUUCACUCUGCUGCUGCUGCUGCUGCCGCUGCCGCCUUUGUUACACGGGGAGCUCUCUCGAGGCCAUCCUUGAAUCCGUUGGAUAUCUUUUAUUUUUUUUUUUUCCAUUUUUUUUUAUUUUUAACCUUUUCUUAUUUUUAAUUUUUUUGACGGAUUCAGAAGAAAGGGAAUUAAGCGACGACGGGCGUACCGAUGUACUCGCGAAGACUCGAAGGCAGCGGUCUGCUCCUGCUGCUGGUCUUGGCAGGACUGCAGAUUGCAGCAGAGAGCAGAGGUGCCCCACCAUGCAGACCAGGCUUCUCUGAAGAUCUAUACACUGUCACGCUGCCAGCCAUCGCAGAGAAAGGACAGCCUCUUUUCAAUGUGAGGUUUAUCAGCUGUGGACAAGGUGCUCUGGUGUGGUUCAAAUGCAGUAAUCCAUCUGACUUUCGGAUAGAGGCCGACGGAGUCGUUUAUGCUGCCAGGACUCUUCAGCGCGCUGCUCUUCCUGCAAAACCUUUGCAGAUCAAGGCCAGUGACACCGCCACCCGGCAGGAAUGGGUCACCCAAGUCCGGCUGACAUCCCCCAAACAGGUCCAGGAAGUGGCUGUCCCUGCUGUUAUGUCCGAGGAUUUGAAAGAAAUUCUGUUUCCAUCACGGAAUAUGGAGAGCCAACUGAAACGCAUGAAGAGAGACUGGGUCAUCCCCCCAAUCAAUGUCCCCGAGAACUCGCGAGGCCCAUUCCCACAAGAGCUUGUCCGGAUCCGGUCAGAUCACGACAAAAGCCGGUCUCUCAGAUACAGUGUGACGGGUCCUGGUGCUGACCAGCCUCCCACAGGAAUUUUCACCAUCGACCCAAUUUCUGGAGAGCUCUCUGUCAACAAGCCCCUGGAUCGAGAGCAUAUCUCCAACUUCCAUCUGAGAGCUCAUGCGGUGGACCUGAACGGCAACCAGGUUGAAAACCCUAUUGAUAUUGUGAUCAAUGUCAUCGACAUGAACGACAACCGACCCGAGUUCACGCAUCAGAUCUGGAACGGCACCGUUCCAGAGGGUUCCAAGCCAGGAACAUUUGUUAUGACGGUGACUUCUAUUGACAAAGAUGACCCGAAGACAGCAAAUGGGAUGCUCCGCUACAAGAUUCUGUCUCAGACUCCAGAGAGUCCAUCGUCCAAUAUGUUCACCAUCAACAACAAAACCGGGGGCAUCAUUACAGUGGCCGCCGGCCUGGACAGAGAGAAAGUGCCUCAGUACACGCUGAUCAUUCAGGCCACUGACAUGGAAGGCAACCCCAUGUACGGCCUCUCCAACACGGCCACCGCCGUCAUCAGAAUCACCGACAUUAACGACAAUCCACCAGAGUUUACUGUUGACACGUUUUUCGGCGAGGUGCCUGAGAACCGAGUUAACGUCAUUGUGGCCAACCUGACGGUGACUGACAAGGACCAGCCCAACACGCCGGCCUGGAAUGCUGUGUACAAAAUCACCGGAGGCGACCCCACCGGCAGGUUCUCAGUCCCCACUGAUCCCACCACUAACGAGGGCCUGGUUACUGUCGUCAAGCCUAUUGACUAUGAGAUGAGCAGGACAUAUGUGCUGACCGUGGAGGCGAAGAACGAGGUUCCCCUGGCCAGAGGCAUCCACUAUCCUCAGCAGUCGACCGCCACCGUCUCCAUCAAAGUUUUAGAUGUCAAUGAGAGUCCUUACUUUGAGCCAAACCCCAAACUCGUGAAGCUGGAGGAAGGGCUGCUGGCAGAGUCGGCGCUCACCACCUACACUGCGCAAGAUCCUGAUCGCUUUAUGCAGCAAUCCAUCAGAUACUCCAAACUCUCAGAUCCUGCCAACUGGCUAAGGAUUGACGCUAACACUGGACGUAUCUAUACAAUUGCUGUUUUGGACCGAGAGUCUCCCUACGUGAAGAACAGUUUGUACAACGCUACAUUCCUGGCCACUGACAACGGCGUGCCAUCAGCAAGUGGCACCGGGACUCUCCAGAUCUACCUGCUGGAUAUCAACGACAAUGCGCCCAGGGUGUUCCCCCAGGAGGCAGAAAUAUGCAGAAGACCAGAUCCAAAUGCCAUCAACAUCACUGCCAUUGACGGGGACUUGAACCCGAACGCCGGACCUUUCGCCUUCGAGUUAGCCCACAGGCCCGCCGACGUGAGGAGAAACUGGACCAUAACGAGACUCAGCGGUGACUACGCUCAAGUGAGCCUCAAGAGUGGAUCCCUUGAAACUGGAAUCUAUGAGAUCCCCAUCAUAAUCACGGACUCGGGCAACCUGCCCAUGUCCAACACCUCGUACCUGCGGAUUAAAGUGUGCCAGUGCGACAUCAGUGGGAGCUGCACCGACCAGCAGCACAUCAUGGCUGCUGGUCUGGGAACAGGCGCCAUCAUUUCCAUCCUCCUCUGCAUCAUCAUCCUCCUCAUUCUCGUGCUGAUGUUUGUGGUAUGGAUGAAACGUCGCGAUAAAGAGCGCCAGGCCAAACAGCUUCUUAUCGAUCCCGAGGAUGAUGUGAGAGACAACAUCCUCAAGUAUGAUGAGGAAGGAGGUGGAGAGGAGGAUCAGGAUUACGACCUGAGUCAGCUCCAGCAGCCAGACACGUUAGAGCCUGAUGCCAUCAAGCCGGUGGGAAUCCGGCGUCUAGACGAGCGACCCCUCCACCCAGAGCCGCAGUACCCCAUGAGGUCAGCAGCACCCCAUCCUGGAGACAUCGGAGACUUCAUCAAUGAGGGACUGAAGGCAGCAGACAAUGACCCCACCGCUCCUCCCUACGACUCCCUGCUAGUGUUCGAUUACGAGGGCAGCGGCUCCACAGCCGGCUCCCUGAGCUCGCUCAACUCCUCCAGCAGCGGGGGCGACCAAGACUACGAUUAUCUCAACGACUGGGGCCCUCGCUUCAGAAAACUGGCGGACAUGUACGGUGGAAGCGACGACUAGGACACACAGCCACAACUUGAAGGAUAACGAGAUGAAGAAAAAAUAAAACAAAAUGAAGAAAAGGAAAUAUUUCCUGUUGAAGGACAAGGACGGCUUCUGAUAUUCCCCCGAGAGAAUGAUAGAACUGUGACUGAAAACAUUCAAAUAAAAUAAAUAAACAUUGAUUCAAAUUUUUUUUUCAAAAACAACCAACCUAGGCUUAUUGUUGUAGUCUGUGCAUACAUAUGCUUGUUGAAAGCUUCGGCAUAGGCUGUGGUCCAGUUGUGGAGGAUGUGGGAGGGAACAUUGGUCGACUGUCACCCUCAGAUUGUCGGUAUUGAAUGCGCUCAGUUACACUUGAAUUUCACAGUACAGAAGCACUGGGAUAUAAUGUGCCUUUUUGUACAUUUUUAUUUUCUUUUUUUUGUUUGGGAUCUAAAUGAUUAGUAUUAUGUUCAAGGCUUUAAUGGUACUGACUUUUAGAGUGAUUUCAAACAAAGUAUGUUACACUCUGGUAUGCUUCUACAUGCUUUUUUCUUUUCUUUUGGUGACACAACACUCCUGUUUGUUGAAGAUUAUUUAAAUAAAUCACAUAGAUGAAGAAAUGAAGGAACAUCUGUUAGCUUGGAUGGGAAGAAAAACAAUUAAGAGCAGCACUGUACAGUAUGCUAGACUUUUAGACUUUCUCACUAAAAAAUUAAAAUUAUGCAGCUGGUUGCAAAUAAAGGGAGUUAUGAAUCAUACUUUUGUAGCAAUUUUUCUUUUUUUUCCCCUUCUUUUGAGGUGAUGUAGUAUUUUACAAAAAAAAACACAAAAAAAAGUUUUGGUCUAAUCUAUGUACACUUCAUUUGCCUUAGUCAUCAUCUGAUAUUUUCAAGUUUUACUUCACUGUAAAAAGAUGUGUGUACAUAAUGUUUUUUUUUCUUUAUAUUUUCUUUUGAUGUAGUAUUAUGAAGAAGUGCAAAAAGUUCCAAACUUGUAAAUGUAUAAUUUGGACAACAAAUUCAAGUUUUUUGCAUGUUUUUAUCUUUUCAUGACAACAAAAAUUGGAAAAAAAAAUACAAAAAAAAAAUGUUUCCCAAAUUUAUUUACAAAGUGAAAAAAAUAAAAAUCUGGGUGACAUUAAA